GGGGGGGGGGGGGGGUUAUUUCGGCGGGAGGGGAAAAAAAAAAACUCGUCUCCCCCCCUCCCCUCUCCAAAAUUUCCAAAAUUCCGCCAAAACCCAUCCCUCAUUUGACGAGGCCGACGGAUCUUAUUCCGUCCUCUCCCCUCCCUCCCUUUCCCCUCCCCUCCUCUGCUCUGCUCCUGGUUACCGCCUCCGUUCCGUACCCAAUCGCUCACCUACCCAGCGUUGCCGGGACCCAAGCGGUGCCCUAGGUAAUAUGUGCCCGCCUCACUUCCUUGGCUUCCCCUGUACGUUCGUAUCCACCGCCAGCCUCCCGUCUUGUCAUUAUACCCUACCCGGCUACUGGUAUUGCUAGCGACAACGCACACACGCACGCCUUGCUGCGUCUCCCUGUGCAGACACGAGCGAAACGAGCUCGCUGCCGUGAGCCUCAGAUCCUGGCCGAGGGAGGAUGGCGCUCACGAGCCGCAUCGAGCUUCAUGGCCCUCCCGCCUCCGAUCCCGAGGACUACCUGAGCGCUUCCCUCGGCGUCAUCUUCCCGGACGACGUGACAAACCAGCACGGCGACGCGGACCACUCCCUCGUCUAUCUCUCCCCUCACCUGCCCAAGCCCCUGCACAUCGCCUUGGCCGAUCCGAGCCAGGACAGCGAUCGUAAGCUCUUCAGCCAUUAUCUCUGGAAUUCGAGCCUGCUGCUUGCCGAGCUCAUCGAGGCUGGUAGCCUCGGUUUGCCCUACCAUGUUGGCGCCGGCCGCCCAAAGCCGGCCGACUUCAAUGUCGCCGGUCUCGAAUGUCUGGAACUCGGCGCUGGCACCGCCCUGCCGAGUCUCAUGGCUGCCUUUCUCGGCGCAAAGGGCGUCGUUGCGUCCGACUACCCUUCCACCACCGUUUUAGAGAUGCUACGUAAUAAUAUAGCCGCCAACGCCACGGUCGGGUGCUCCCCCCUCGGUACCCUGGCGCCUAUCACCGUUGCCGGCCACGCUUGGGGGGAGCUGGAUACUCCUUUCGCGACCCAGGACCGGGGCCGGUUCGACCGCGUCUUUGUGUGCGACUGCCUAUGGAUGCCGUGGCAGCACGCCAACCUGCACAGGUCGAUAGCCUGGUUUCUCAAGGGCGCCAAGCAUGGCGAUCGUCCCUCCGCCGAAGCCAAAGCUUGGAUCGUCGCCGGGUUCCACACCGGUCGCGCCAAGAUGCGCGACUUCUUCGCCGAGUCCGCCCUCGGCACCGUUGAGCUAGAGCUCGAGAGCAUCCAUGAGCGCGACUGCGACGGCGUCGAGCGUGAGUGGGCCUGGGACCGCGGCCACGAGGACGUCAGCGAGCGGAAACGGUGGCACGUCGUGGCCGUUAUCCGGCGUAGGUCAGCCCCGUCGUCGGGCGUCGCGGGAUGACCCGACGAGACUUGGGGCGGGACUCCCGUCGGCCUUUGGACGGCAACCCCAACCACCCGGAGCUUACGGCUGAGUAAUUCCGGGCUAUACGGCCAGGCCCACCGUAGUCUAGACGGCCCUACCGAGCGGAUGAAGCCGGGCCUUCGGUGCCCAAUUCCGAGAUGGAUCGAGAUG